AUGAUAGGGUUUGGUAUUCAAGCAGGAAUUCCUUGGAACUCAAUUUGGCCGUUGACGUUUGGCUUGGCGUGUUGUGCCAUGGAAAUGAUGCAAAUGGCCGGUCCACGUUAUGAUAUGGAUCGUUUUGGUGUUGUAUUUCGUGCCAGCCCACGUCAAGCGGACCUUAUGAUUGUUGCCGGCACUGUAACCAACAAAAUGGCUCCAGCAUUUCGUCGUAUUUGGGACCAGAUGACCUCCCCCAAGUGGGCCAUAUCGAUGGGCUCGUGUGCCAACAGUGGAGGAUAUUAUCAUUAUUCUUACAGUGUUGUACGUGGAGCAGAUAGAAUCAUCCCAAUCGAUCUCUAUGUUCCAGGCUGCCCUCCGACCGCGGAAGCGUUGCUGUAUGCUUGUUUACAGCUUCAAAAGAAGAUCAAGUACAUGCAAACCCAACAGUUUUGGUAUCGUAAAUAA